AUGAAACAACGAGAAAUUUUGGACGAGCGACGAAGGCAACUGACAUAUUUCACAUCUUGUAAUGCUGGAACAUGUCAAUGUCGCGGGUUCCGACCAGUCUUGAGUAAUGAAGAGGAGACAGUUGAACGAAGAGCUACAAGAGCUGAGCGCGAAAAUGACUACGCACCAAUGACCAGAGAUUUGGAGUCUUUAGCAUCAGAAGAAAUUAUAGAAUGUAGAACAUGUGGACAUUCGAUUUCAUUCCAUGCGGAACCAAUAAAAACGUUGUCAGAAGAAGAGAUUGACACUUAUACAGAUAGAAUAGCUGAUCUUCAGACAUGUUGCUCAGAACUCAGUGAAAUCGAUCCUACUAACGAAUCACUUCAGACGUUAUAUAUCACUAUGCAAAUGCUUCUGAAAUCUCUGCGCACGUUGACACCCAUAGAAGUUCCUUUCAUUGGGAAGCCUAACUUCGAGCCCGACUCAUUUAGCCCGUUCAUUCUUGUCAAAAAAUUCAUUCCAAUUUUUUUCAGAGAAAAACAUAGACUUGCCGAAAUCGGAACUUUAUUCCUCACGGAAAUGAACCAUUGGCGCCUGGAAAGUUUCGAAAACUUAGCUAGCAACUGUAAGUUUCUUCCUAAUACAAUUUCCAACAACGAAUAUUAUAGAAAGCAUUGUAAUUUUAAAAAGUUACAUGUGAAAUUUUUAGUGAGCGAACAACUGGAGCAGGGAAGAUACAGGAUGAUGUUCACUCGGUUGGACUACUACGUCAAUAUGCCAUCAAAAUACCUGACAUUCAAGCAGUACCAGACUGUGGACAUCUUCGGUGAAAAAUUCGCACUCACUUUCUGCGACUAUUUGAUCAACGCACUGAAUUCAGAAGGAUACUCUCCGUUCGGUAUCUCAGAAAGUGAUUUGGAAGAAAGCUCAGAGGACUUGACGACGUUUGCGACCGAGUUGAAAUCCUGGAUAGAACUGCAAAAUUUUACCGAUGACUCUUACCCUUCUUCGUCUCAACGCCGAAAGGAUUCGUCCGUCUCCAUGGAAGAUUUACAGUUGACGUACGUGAAACGUAAGAAGCCCACCGAUCAUUCAGAAAGUGCGUCUUCUCGAGAGUCCACGACGUCUCCGGUAAACGACGAAUCGGAGGAGCCUCUGAAAAAGAAAAAAGAUCGGUCAUCUUCGCAGCCAUCAACGGCGAACUCAACAAAGAAAUCACCCGAAACCGACGAAUCGAUGGCAGUUGUACGAUCAUUAAUCCGUGCGAUAAAGCUGGAGAGUGACAUGGAUGCUAUGGAGCCGAAAACAAAAGCCGACUUUGAAGAAUUGAAUAAAGAAGUAUCGCGUGGAUUGGGUGCACUUCGUGAUGAGGAGAGUGGGCUCAUCGAGUUCAGAGUAAUUGGAAAUGACUUGGACCCAUUCCAAGACCACGAGCAACUCGCUCAACUCGUAGAACUUCAGAAUUUGUUCGGAGCACAGCUUCCGAAGAUGCCAAAGGAUUAUGUCACACGUCUUAUCUUUGAUUCUCGUCACUUGAAUAUGGUAAUUUUGAAACGAGAUGUCGGAGUGAUCGGUGGAAUUUGCUUCCGACCAUUCACAAAUCGAGGAUUUGUAGAAAUAGUUUUCUGUGCCAUAACAGCACAAGAGCAAGUGAAAGGGUACGGUACCCAUCUGAUGAAUCAUUGCAAGGACUACAUGAUCAAAAACAAAAUUUAUCACAUGCUAACCUUCGCAGAUGAGUUUGCCAUCGGAUACUUCACAAAACAAGGAUUUUCUGAUAAACUUGAAAUCAAGCCUACUGUAUAUCAUGGUUGGAUUAAAGAAUACGAAGGUGCUACCUUGAUGGGUUGCCAUUUGCAUCCACAAAUUUCCUACAUCAAGUUCCCAGAUUUUUCAAAGGGCAUUCAAGCUCUGCACAUUGGAUACAAGAUGGAGAACGGUGCAGAGUGUAGAGGUCGAGUAUUCGGAGGACUCGAGCAUAUAUUCCGAGAGAGUGAGUUUCCUUUAAAGAUCAUCCGAAACUGCAUUGAGUUUCUAGGUGCUUCAGGUUUCAUUGAACUACGGAAAAUUCCCGGAACAGACUCUCUGAAAAUGAAUAAGAAGACUUGCUAUCAACUCGACGAGCUGGACGAUACACUCGACACACGGAUCGUGUCGAUCUUGAAAAAACUGACAGCUGAUAAAAAUGCAUGGCCUUUUUUGAAGCCUGUAGAUAAACAUGAAGUUCCCGAUUACUACGCCUACAUAAAGCACCCUAUCGACUUCAAAACUAUUCAGGAAAAAUUCAGAAGGAAAUAUUAUGCUCAUCAACACCUGUUCAUAGCUGAUCUGACAAGAAUGUUCCAAAACUGCUACUCCUUCAACGGCAUCGACACAAUUUACUAUAAACUGGCAUAUAAAUUAAACGAGGUAGCCUUGAAGCUACUAAAAUCGGCGUUUCCAGAAAGUUCACUCUAUCCAGAGCUUCCUGAGCGCCCAUCUAAUUAA